UGUACCUCUACUACCUACUAGCCUACUAGAGGCUAGAGCUGCAUCCCUGUGCUCUGAUCAACUGUCCGACCCCUAGGCCCAGGGUACCUACUAUUAAGGCUGAAGCUCGUGUUGCGGAGUUCCAAGGUGGACGCCGCCUGCCAUGGCCAAUGCCGCCACAGCAUUGCUGCAUGCCCGCAUCACGAGCGGUCUGGGCGCAUCAACAGCAACAUCUGAGAGGCCCCGCUCUGACCACCACCGCUUGCAGGCCGUCUUGGAUCCUGCGGCGGCGCACCCGCGAGCCAGCUGGGGCCUUGAGUCACCCACCCUCCGCAUGAGCAGCCUGUUGAGGGUAGCAGGUGGGGUGCUUGGAGGCACAGCCAAGACCAGCCCACCAGGUGCAAUGCUGGGGGACAGGCAGAGGCCUGCUGCUUUGCCUGCGCAUGCUGUUGAGUCGGCUGCGCCUGCGAAGGCGGUGCCCGCGGGGCUGGCCCAGCUGACGUGGCUGGAGAACAACGGGUGGAUCUGGGAGGUGGCGGGCGUGCGGCUGCUGGUCGACCCCUGGCUGCUGGCGGAGCUGGACUUCAACAUCCCGCUCUUCUACUCUGCCAAGAAGCGCGCCACCAAAGACCUCACAGUGGCGGGGCUGCCCCCCCUGGACGCGGUGCUCAUCACGCAGUCCCUGGAGGACCACUGCCACAUGAAGACGCUACGCGAGGUUGCCCGCGCGCGCCCCACCCUGCUUGUCAUUGCACCCCCCAGCGCACAAAGCAAGCUGGAGCCCCUCUUCAAAAACCUGGUUGUGCUCGCGCACGAUCAGACGACGUCUGUCUCAGGCGCGGAUGGGUCGUCCAUCACGGUGCGCGCCACCCCGGGGGACCGCGUGGGGCCCCCCUGGCAGGCGCGCGAGAACGGCUACGUCGUCUCCACCAAAGGGCCCGACUUCUCUCUUUACUACGAACCACACUGCAAGUUUGACGACAUCAGCAAAGACGAGCAGGUGGACUGCGUGAUCACACCGUCGGUGUCCCAGAACAUCUUGGGCUACAGCCUGGUGGCGGGCGAGGAGCGCGCCGUGGAGUUGGCGCGCCAGCUCAAGGCCACGUACAUCGUGCCCAUGCUCAACGGGGACCUGGAGGCGACGGGGCUCCUGAGUGCCAUCGUGAAGACGGGCAGCGGCCCCGAGGCCUUCCAGAAAAUUGCGAGUCCGGAGUUCACAGUGUUGACGCCACAGCCGGGGCAGCCGCUGGCGGUGCCUCCAACACAGUGAUCGCGCGUGCCACGGUCAUGCCGCACCGCCAAUUCGGAAGAGGAGGUUCGCGACCAUGGUAGGGAAUCAACACAUUGCAGAUUUCAGGAAAGGAUUUGGUCCGAGCUGGUAGGGAGGCUCGUAAAAGGAGCAUGAGUAAGAAUCUUGCGGCUCUUCCGAAGCAUGUGCGAAGCAUAUUAUAGUCCCCAGUUUGCUUGUCAAGGUGGAGAACUCGGCUUGACGAUGGUGUACAUACUAAUGUAUUCAAUUAGCGACAACAACUUUGUAUUUGAUUGAUUCCCUUUGACUGCGACAAAUGUAGUCCGGGUGAG